AUGAAGAAGGUCUUUAGGUUCAACAUAUACGGCAAGAGAUGCAAACCAACAGAUUUUAACACCAAGAAGAGUUGGGCCGAGAUUUCACCUCAUACAUCUUGGGAUUCACGCGGCAUGUUGAACGGGCUCAUUCAAGACCUAGCCAUAGCCGUUAUGCACAAGUUCAAGUGCUAUAACAUCUCUGGGAAACGAAAGGCGAACAAAGUUAGUGAAUCCGAGCUCUAUCUCUUAUUGGCGCGUGCAGGAGUGAAGGUGUGUUCUAUGACCUUUUUGCAAGACUCUCUACAAGAAUUUGCACUUAAUCAAAGUGAAUUGCCGGCACUUGGGCAUGUUGUUACCGCACUAACCAAACACUUCAGAAUCCCUGUUGUAAUCGUUAAUAUCGAACCGACGUGGUCGUUGGAAGGCACUCCAAUGCGGUGCAUUAAUGAGCAUGAACUCAAGCAGUCUGCUCAGGAGUACACGAAGCGUAAGGCCUACAAAGCCUAUUUCAAGAAACUCACGGAGAGUUCGACGACUAACACUGAUCAGGCAGGGUCAUCCCGGCAAUCAUCGGACAAAGACAAACAUGAGAAGAUGAAUGGAAACCGAAUGGAUUAUACUCCAAAUGCUCCGUCCACUAUUCUAUUGGACGGGAGCAAUGAGUACGAAAAACCGGUCUAG